AUGACGCGUCCGUUCACGCACCUAGCUGUGUUCAUUGUUAUUCUUCAAUUACUGAUACAUGUUAGCGCAUCACCAUAUUCAGUUCUAGAUUUUAAAAGUUUAUUUGCGAAUCCUGUUAGUGACUUUAUCAAAUUGUUAUCUCGCUCGAAUUCAUCUGAACCGAAAAGUGUUAGUGAAAAUCAUGCGUACAAUACAGAGAAGGGAAAGGAUGUGAGAACGGGUACAAAGAUGAUAGAUGUUCCUCUCAAUGUACUCAAAAAGUGUCCAGACGGAAGUUUCCCAGAUGUGAAGGGCGUGUGUAGAAAUCUUUGGUGA